AUAUCAUGUGUUUCUACUUCGCCUUCAGAUCACCGCUGCAGUCGAACCUACACUCCCAAGGAGGACAAAGAAGAGCUGGCUCAAAUCUGCAAAGACAACGUCUGCCGCUGCACACAGGGUGACUGCUGCAUCCCGAAAGCUGACGAUGAAAUCUCCAUCGGUAAAGAAAUGGUGACGUUCGCCUGCAGCGGCCUGCGCCACGUUUUAAAGGUGAAGGUUCUGAGUUUGGAGCAGAGUUACUAUGACAAAUAUGAGAUGGAGAUCAUGCAGGUCAUCAAGCUGGGUGUGGAGGCUGGAUUUGAAGUUGGCCAGACGAGGACCUUCAUGUCUCAUGGAAGAUGCAGAGAGGGACUGGACCUGAAGCAGGGCACUGAGUACUUGAUAAUGGGCCCCAAAGAAGAUCAGUGGAAUGUUGACAGUGACACCAACAAAUACAUCUACAUGUUGGGAAAGGACACCUGGGUGGAGCGCUGGCCCCAGUCCUCAGAAUGUUCCAGCAGUCCACAGCUGCAGGCCAAAUGCAACAACCUGGAUUACGCAGCAAAUGAUCUAACUUUUAACGGCUGCGGACUCUAGAUGUGUCGGAGUUCCAAUAUGGCAGAUUUUGUUUGUUUGGAUUU